AGGUUCCGCGCUUGCCUCAGGUCGUUCAUUAUUUACAGCAUUCGAUGCCGAUGCGCGUGCCCUUCUGCCGUUGAAGCCUCGUUCACCGUCGCCUCGAUCGCAAUUUAACUGAGGGAGCUGCGCCGAUCUGCUUCCCAUUCCCAAGCGGAGGUUCCACCACCUGGUUCCUUGUCGGUAGGUGGAUUUAGAAUAAUGGUGAAAGACACCGAGUACUAUGAUAUCUUAGGCGUUAGUGUUGAUGCAUCUGCAGCAGAGAUCAAGAAGGCCUACUACCUCAAGGCACGAAUUGUGCACCCUGAUAAGAAUCUUGGAGAUCCAAAGGCUGCUCAUAAUUUUCAGGUACUCGGUGAGGCUUAUCAAGUCCUGAGUGAUCCUUCAAAACGUGAAGAAUAUGAUAAGCAUGGAAAAGAAGGUCUUCCCCAAGAUUCAAUGGUAGAUCCUGCUGCUGUCUUUGGGAUGCUUUUUGGUAGUGAAUUUUUUGAAGAUUAUGUUGGACAACUAGCUUUAGCAACCAUAGCUACGAUUGAAUCCGAAGAAGAAUCAGUUGUCCCUGAAACUCGGAAGCAAAGAGUGCAAGAGAAAAUUAGGGAGUUGCAAAAACAAAGGGAGAAGAAACUAGUAAAAAGUCUGAAACAGCACCUUCACCUAUAUGUUUCUGGACUAAAAGAUGAGUUUGUAAAUUGGGCAAACUGGGAAGCUUGUCGACUAUCUCAAGCUGCUUUUGGAGAGGCAAUGCUUCACACAAUUGGAUAUAUAUAUUCUAGACAAGCUUCAAGAGAAAUGGGAAAGAGCAAAAGAUACAUGGGCAUGCCCUUUAUAGCUGAAUGGGUCCGCGAUAAGGGUCAUCAGAUUAAAUCACAAGUUAAUGCUGCAUCAGGUGCUGUUUCAUUGAUACAACUUCAAGAAGGAAUGAAAAAGCUUGAAGGCCGUGAAGACGAAGACCCUGUGAAGAUUUUCGAAGGGAAAAAAGAUGCGAUGCUCAGUUCCUUGUGGAAAAUAAAUGUGCUCGACAUAGAGUCAACCCUCUCACACGUCUGCCAAGCGGUAGGCAGAAUUGGAGUAACCACAUGUUCUCAAAGACAACAGCGUUUCCAAGGAUGUGUUGAAGCUAAGAGCCAAAGGGUUGAAGAAGUUUGGAAUGAUUUUCCAAGGCGUUAAAUCGCUUUAUAGGAGAGAAAACAGUCUUCGUGUUGAGAUUGGCACGAGUGGAAGUGGUGGCACCGUGCCAUGAAGAAUAGGUAGAUCCUUUUGAAGCCAAUGAAGAAUAGGUAGAUACUAUACAAACAGUUUGGCAAAAUGAUUUGUAUGGUUUAGUCCCAUUUAGUUUCAAGAUGAUUGCCUUUACAAUGCUCCUAGGAAUUUUCUUCCUGCCUUUUCUUUUCUCAUAACUUUUUUUUGUUUCGUUGUAUUCAAAAUUCUUUCUUGCCAACAAGUUUGAUUCGACUCUACUGAUCUGGUUCUGAAGGGACAACCACUCUGAAAUGCUUUCGAGCAAAAAAUUUUUAUUUGUUAUUUUGAUGCUGUAAAUAAACCUCAUGAAAUGGAUUUUAUGGAAUUAGUUUA